CUGUCAGUCAGUACCUAGACCUCAAUGCGAGACGAGAUUUUACGAGUAUCGAGUCCAUGUUUUAAAUAUUUUCUGUUAAAAAACCUGUAAAUUGUGAAAUAUCGGUUGUGUCUCUUCCCUUCAAGUUUUUCACUAGUAGUUAACAAAAUGAUAAUCACCAGGCUCCUCCAUAUCCUGCUUUUGGUUGUUUUCAUCCUUCAAAUCGAAGGACUGUCAAUAGGAAAUUUCGAUAUUCUAGGCGAAUUGUCGAAACAUCAUUUACUAUUACUUGACUCAGCAAUCGACGAUCGUAAAAAUUUUGCAGAUGAGCCUGCUCCUAUGUUUGCUGAGCCAAUACCUAACGUCACAGUUAGCAUUGGUCGAGAUGCGUUAUUGGCUUGUAUAGUAAAUGAUCUGAAGCAUUACCAGGUGGCAUGGGUGAGAGUUGAUACUCAAACGAUUCUUUCAAUCCAUGAUAACGUCAUCACACAAAAUCCACGAAUAUCAUUAUCAUACAAUGAUCAUCGUUCAUGGUAUCUUCACAUAAAAAACGUGCAGGAAAUAGAUCGAGGCUGGUAUAUGUGUCAAAUUAAUACUGACCCAAUGCGAAGCCUCCAAGGAUAUCUUCAAGUAGUCGUACCUCCAAAAAUUAUCGCAAAAGAAACGAGUACCGACAUGGUUGUAAGAGAAGCGUCAAACGUAACGUUAGUAUGCAAAGCGGUCGGAUAUCCAGAACCAUAUGUAAUGUGGCGGCGCGAAGAUGGCAGGAAUAUUAAUUAUAAUGGAGAAAGUGUUAGCGUAGUCAACGGUGAGGUUCUUCAUAUCGUAAAAAUCAGUCGAUUACAUAUGGGCGCUUAUUUAUGCAUAGCAAGCAAUGAAGUACCUCCUUCAGUGAGUGCACGCGUUGAUGUUCGAGUGCAAUUUCCGCCAAUGUUGUCCAUACCAAAUCAAUUGGAAGGAGCCUACAUUGGUCAGGAUGUUACUUUAGAAUGUCAUACAGAAGCUUAUCCUACAUCAAUAAAUUAUUGGACGACGGAGACAGGUGACAUGAUUGUUUCGGGCUAUUACCAUUCGAUUGCAGGUGAAAAAUAUGAAGCGCUAUACACUGAUAGUGGUUACAAUAAGUACAUGAUGCUGAAAAUCCGAAAUGUUGGACCCAAAGAUUUUGGAUCGUACAAGUGUGUCGCGCAAAACUCUCUUGGAGGCACGGAUGGGGUGAUAAAAUUAGAUGAAAUUCCUGCACCAUCAACUACGACAACACAAGCUACCUACUACGUUACUUCAUUAAUAAAAAAAAAUGCAAAAAAUGGAAACAAGAAAUAUCGACAACGACCGAAUGAUUAUGAAGUAGAAGAGUGGCGAGAUAAUGAUUACGAAAGAGACUACGACUCCACAAAAAAGUCACAACUUGAUACCAAAGACAGUGGAUCUAUAAAAAUUUCAGAUUCAUUGCUCGCGUGGCUUCUAUCGCCAUUAUUACUAAUUUCAGCAGGAAGAUGAUAGUUUAGUAAUAAAAAACGCUUCCAGUCAAUGUUUUUUUGAAAACAAACACCAAUCGUUUGAAAUUGGCCGUCGGCCAUUAUAAUACAUAAUUUGCGUACUAAAAUUAUUUUCAUACUGAAAAGCAACCAACCAAAGGUGCAUGAAUAAGGUGACUACACAACAAGCAUGUUUGUAUGUAAUUUAAUGUAUCAAUAUGAUAUAUACUAGAUAGAGAGAUGAAAAUAGAUUGAUAAUAAAAGGAAGAACAUUAUAAAAACGUAUGUAUAAAUUAUAUAUACGCGUAUAGA